AUGAAGAGUCAGGAAUUACGAAAACCGCUUCCCAGCUACACCACUUCGUUAUUCAUCGACACAGUGCUCAUGACAUUCAUGACAGUCGGGCUUGUCGUGUUGUUUGCCAUUGAAGAAAAUAUUCUCGAACUUUUCGCGAGGAAUAACUAUGUUGUUUCUAUUUAUAUAUCGGUUGUUUCUAUCCUAAUACUUUUACUUAUAUUCUUCGAGAGAAUUCGUUCGAAUUUUUACGGUGUUCAUGUAAUACUUUGGAUUAUAGUCAUAUUAUGGUCUAUGGUCUUCGCCGCUGUGAUCCAAACUGUUCAGUGGAAAUGUGCUUUGAUAUCGUUGGCUGUGACGAUUCUGACUACAGUGUUGGUUGUCGUGGUCACUUUGAAACUGCCAUCACUGAGUGAAAGGGGG